CAAAGCCUUUCACACCCUCUCUUCUCUGAAACGCACCCUAUUCUUCCCUAUUUUGCAUCGCAUUUGUUCUUGAAUCUCUUUGGUAUUCCUCAGAGUCUUUCAUCAGAGAGAGAGAGAGAGAGAGAGAGAGAAAGUGAGAGAUGGAAAGAAUGUUCCCUCCCAAGAAGCCCUCAAGUAUGAAUUCACAUGAUAGACCCAUGUGUGUUCAAGGUGACUCAGGUCUUGUUCUCACCACAGACCCAAAACCUCGUCUCCGUUGGACUGUUGAACUCCAUGAACGCUUUGUUGAUGCUGUUACUCAGCUUGGAGGGCCUGAUAAGGCCACUCCUAAAACCAUCAUGAGGGUUAUGGGUGUAAAGGGUCUCACCCUUUACCACCUGAAGAGCCACCUUCAGAAAUUUAGGCUUGGCAAGCAGCCCCACAAGGAAUUCAAUGAUCAUUCAAUUAAGGAUGGUAUGAGAGAACUGCAAAGAAGUACUGCUUCGUCUUCUGCCAUCAUGGGUCGCAACAUGAAUGAGAUGCAAAUAGAGGUGCAAAGAAGACUGCAUGAACAACUUGAGGUUCAAAAACACCUUCAGUUAAGGAUUGAGGCUCAAGGGAAAUACAUGCAAAGCAUAUUGGAGAAAGCUUAUCAAACACUUGCAGGUGAAAACAUGACAUCUUCUGCCACUAACUUAAAGGGUAUUGUACCUCAUCAAGGGAUCCAUGAAAUUGGAGUCAUGAAAGAAUUUGGCUCCCCUCUUAACUUUUCUUCUUUUCAAGAUCUUGACAUUUAUGGAGGUGGUGACCAACUUGACCUUCAGCACAACAUGGAGAAACCAACCCUUGAGGGGUUUAUGCCAAUUAAUGAGAAUUUGUGUCUUGGGAAGAAGAGGCCUAACCCUUAUAGUGGUAGUGGAAAGAGCCCUUUGAUAUGGAGUGAUGAUCUUCGCCUUCAAGAUUUGGGGACACCCUCAUCAUGCCUUGGUCCUCAAGAUGAUCCUUUCAAAGGUGACCAGAUUCAUAUUGCACCAACAUCAAUGGAUAGAGGCAGUGACAUUGAUUCCAUGUCAGAGAUCUAUGACACAAAGCCCUUACUCCAAGGGGAAGUUUUAGGUGAAAAGAAAUUUGAUGCAUCUAUGAAGCUUGAAAGGCCAUCACCAAGAAGAGCACCUCUUCAAGCUGAAAGGAUGAGUCCUAUGAUCAGUACUGGUACCUUGGCACAAGGUAGAAACUCACCAUUUGGUUGAGAGUUUUAGUUUUAGAUCAUCAUUCGCUUAUUAUGCUAUAUGUAAUUGAUUUGAUAUGAAACUCUCUUAAAAGUACUAUAUCUAGGGUUUUUAAUUUGGUUUUGGAAAUUAGCAGUUCAUAUGAGGGUUAUUUCCUCCUCAAGUACUGUUAUGUGGUAUAAUAUAAUGCCUUUGCAUGGCAAACCAAAGUCUUAUCUUACUAAUAUAAUAUUCUCUCACUUGUAGUUUUUACAUCUA